AUGUUGCGCGCACGUGAGCGGAACCUUUGAUGGAGGGAAUGUUCCGGCCCGGUGGUAAAUAUUGUGACACAGAGUAUUUCCUCCAUGCUUGAUUUCAGUAGCGUGAUGCCACUUUCGGGUCUUGUUGCUCGUUUCUAUGUUGUCGAAGUUGAAGUUAUUAUAGUUCAUGUAUUAAAGUAACAGUUCAUAACAACGUGAACGUGUUGUGACGCGUUAACGGCGGUGGAACUUUCUGGAACGAGCGCCGGUCGACCCUUUCCCGAGCCGCCAUGGGGGGCUUGGAGGUGAAGCUCAAGGGUCUGUCCAUCGCCCGGUGGUGCCGCCUGACGAGCCCCACCUACCUGCUGGACGUGGCCCUGCAGCCGGCCGGCCUGCUGGCCGUGUCCUGCUCCGACUUCACCGUCCGCCUCCACAGCAGGGACACUCUGGACCUGGUGGGCGAGUACCAGGGCCACCGCGGCCCGCUUUGUGGGGUCGUGUUCUCCCACGCCUCCCCUGACUUCCUCUACUCGGCCUCCGCCGACGGGACGGUCCGGGGGUGGGACGUCCGCCGCCCCGGGACGGCGGCGGCCCAGGUGUUCAAAGGCGACCCGGCGCACGCCUACAGCGGCUUCGACCUGAGCUGCAGCGACACGCUGCUCUGCGCCGGCACCGAGCAGGUGGACAGGGAGGACAGCUACCUGGUCUUCUGGGACGUCAGGAAACCCGGCGGCGGGCUCCUCGGGGCGUACUCCGAGUCCCACAGUGAUGACAUCACUCAGGUGCGCUUCCACCCGCGGGAGAAGGACCGCCUGGCGUCCGGCUCCUUGGACGGCCUGGUGAACGUGUUCGACCUGAGCCGGGGGACGGAGGAGGACGCGCUGCUCGCCACCUGCAACAGCGACUCGUCCGCCGGUUCGAUCUGCUGGGCGGGGGCCGCCUACACCCAGCUACUGUGCCUCAGCGCCAACGAGAGGCUGCACCUGUGGGACCUGGGCCGGCUGGACACGGAGGAGCCCCUCAACGUGUUCGGCGCCGCCGACGGCCGCGACCUGCCGCAGCUGGCCGGGGGCGGGGCCGUGGAUUACCUCGUGGGGGCCCAGUGGCUGGAGGAGGCCCAGAAGCUGCUGGUGGUCGGGGGGGCGAACGGCGACGUCCACCUGAUGGAGUGCAGCGGCGGCGGGCUUCAUCUGCUGAAGACCCUGGAGCGCGGCCACGCCUCCAUCGUGCGCUGCUUCCUGUGGGACGCGGCGAAGGAGGCCCUCGUCACGGGGGGGGAGGACGCUCUGCUGCUGCUGUGGAAACAACAGGAGGCCGAGCUCAUGGCGGGAAAACGGCAGUCCAGGAAGAGCGAGAGCGCUUCGAGGUUUAAAUCCAGAGCGCAUAAUAACUACAGCUACCACAGGGGAAAUAAGUAGACCGGGAAGAUGGAAUGACUCUGACUUCCUGUCUCUGGGAGGAAGCACUCACUCUUCUUCUCUGUUUUAAACAUUUACAGAUCUUAUGUUUCUACGGUAACUAAAAGUUUGUUCACGUCACAUUUCACUCCUCUGAAUAUUCUACCGCUGCCACAGACUGUAUUUAAGUGGUGGUAGUCAUGGUAACGCCAUCUACUGGACUGCCGCUAUGAAGCCGCGAGUUCAACAUGGCGAGUUCGUUGCCAUUUAUUUCUUUGCAGCAAAUAUAUUGAAGCGACCAUAUGUGGAGUGAAUAGGACGAAGAGAAACCUGUCAAUCAACGUGUAGCCCCGCCCUAAAGCAUCCCCUGCUCCAUCGUCUGUUUGACUCUAAAUGGACCAUAAUUUACUAAAUUAAGACAUAAACUCACAUUUACUUUUUUUAAUCGAUAGUUAUCUAUUGAGUUAAUUUUUCAGUCAUUCGUUUCUCUGAUUAACAUCUGCAUCAGAAACUAAACGUGACUUUCUUUUAAUAAAUAUGAUGAUGACCAUGACAUGUGAUCCAGUCACACUUUGGUGUUACAUUAAAGAACCGUCUUCAUUUUGUA